AUGUCUGGCUGCUUGCUGCAAAGUCAAGAGGAGACAAAACCGGAAAAAAGCUCAAAAGCAUCUCAAAGAACUCCGUUUACGCCGGAAACGGAACAGUUUUUGUUAGCCGUGCUGUCAGGAGCAAGAUUAGAAUUUGAUAAACUCGAUGCUUUUUGCGAGGGCAAUGGGAUUCCUGUAGAUGACUUUCCAAAAGAAAUUCCGGAAGAAGCCGCACAGCCGAGAUAUCCGAAGCGCAACAUACCCACGACCUCUUACAAGGAGGAAGAUAUUCCAAGUGAAGAUGAAUUCUUGUAUUGCGACUUAUGUGGAGAUGAGUACGAAGGACACUGUCCAGUGCACGGCCCUAUGUUACUAGUGUGUAAUCAAAAGGUUCCGAAAGGAGUACCAGGCCGGGCGAAGGAAGCUCCUCCUUUCCUGUCUGUUGGAUAUUCGGGCAUCCGGAAAGCCGGACUCGGCAUCUGGUCGGAAAAGUCUCUUCCACAGGGCACCGUCUUCGGACCCUACAAAGGAGAUAUCACACGGGAGCGCUGGAAAACCAAACGGAGUGGAUACGCCUGGAAGACUCGCAAAAACGCUCGCACAAACCAUUUCAUCGAAGGGGCAGAUGAGAAAUCCUCGAAUUGGCUCCGGUUCGUGAAUUGCACCAACGUGGAGGAAAAGCAGAACCUGGUGGCCUUCCAGUUCCGCAAAGAUAUCUACUACAGGACGAACAAAGCCGUCCUGGAGUUCACGGAGUUGUGUGUCUGGUACGGAGAUGCCUGCGGACGAGAAUUUGGGGCGCAAAUUGAGAGAAAGGUUUCAUUGUCACAGGAAAUCAGACCAAGGGAACAGCCAGCCGGAGUGGAGUGCGACCUCUGCCACUCCCUCUUCUCCUCUUCCGCAAUGAUGGAGAAGCACCGGAAGAAACAUCCGCACAUAGGGAAGGACCGGAGACACUGCUGUCCUCAGUGCGAAUACUCCACAGACGUAGCCACUAAUAUGAAACAUCACCUGGCCGCCCACGACGGAGUGAAGCCUCACGAGUGCCCCGUGUGCUUCAGAGCCUUCACUCUGAAGCACAAUCUCGUCCGGCACGUCCUCACGCACAUAGGAAUCCGGCCCUUCCGGUGCGGUGCGUGCGGAAAGGGGUUCACGCACAAGGGCAACCUCCGCAGUCACGAGCGGAUCCAUAGCGGGGAGCAGCCCUUCCUCUGUCCGGAGUGCGGGAUGAGAUUCCGAUUCCAGAAUAAUCUCACCGAUCACCUCCGGACUCACACGGGACAGAAGCCCUACAGCUGCAGCCAUUGCCCUUACAGGAGUGCACAGUCAUCUGAUCUGAGGUGUCACGUCAUCGCCCAUCACUCGAAGGCCUAUCCUCACGUGUGCGAAGAAUGCGGGAAAGGAUUCGUAAGGCCUUCACAUAUGAUCAAACACAAGACAAAGGCACAUACAAAUAAUUAA